AUGGAGGUGGCGCGUGUGGAGCGCCUCGCGGGCUGGACGGGGGCGCCCCUCGCCCGGACCGGGCUCUUGCUUCUGUCGACGUGGGUCCUCGCAGGCGCCGAGAUCACUUGGGGCGCGACAGGCAGUCCGGGGCACCCCGGGUCUUUGGUUUCGCGGCGGCCGGCUCUUCCUCCUCUCUCGCAGCGGGCAGUGGCAAACCCGGGGCCAGAGGAGCCUGCGAACGCGCGGAAAGCCGCCGCGCCGGAGCGCCUGCCGAGCGGCGAGGUGCGGGCUGAAGCCGGGAGGACGUCGCCUCCAGGCGCGCCGUGGGUCCAGGGCGUCCUGGCACCUGGCAAGCUGGGCGGCGCGAGAAGGAGUCGCCGGGCGCAGCCCCCCAGCGCUCUGGAGCGCGGAGACACCCGGGCCACUGCAACAGCUGAGGGCUCCAAAGGAAGCCGUCCUCCGGCCCAGGGUCCUCGGGAGGAGGUGCGCGCGACAAGGACAGGGGGCCCAGCCGCCGAGGAGCUCCGCCUGCCCAGCACCUCCUUUGCGCUGACCGGGGACUCGGCCCACAACCAGGCCAUGGUGCACUGGUUCGGGCACAACAGCAGCGUUAUCCUGAUCCUGACGAAGCUGUACGACUUCAACCUGGGAAGCGUGACUGAGAGCUCUCUGUGGAGGUCAACAGAUUACGGCACCACCUAUCAAAAGCUGAAUGACAAAGUAGGCUUGAAGACUGUCCUCAGUUACCUCUAUGUCAAUCCCACCAACCAAAGGAAGAUCAUGCUUCUCAGUGACCCAGAGCUGGAGAGCAGCAUCCUGAUCAGCUCCGACGAAGGGGCGACCUACCAGAAGUACCGGCUGACCUUCUACAUCCAGAGCCUGCUCUUCCACCCCAGGCAGGAGGACUGGGUGCUGGCCUACAGCUUGGACCAAAAGCUCUACAGCUCCAUGGAUUUCGGAAGACGGUGGCAACUUGUGCACGAGCGCAUCACACCUAACAGGUUUUACUGGUCGGUGGCUGGACUGGACAGGGAGGCAGACCUGGUACACAUGGAGGUGCGCACGGCGGAUGGAUAUGCUCACUACCUGACCUGCAGGAUCCAGGAGUGUGCCGAGACAACUCGCAGCGGCCCCUUUGCCCGCUCCAUCGACGUCAGCUCUUUGGUUGUCCAGGACGAGUACAUCUUCAUUCAGGUCACAACUGGUGGAAGAGCCAGCUACUACGUGUCCUACCGAAGAGAGGCCUUUGCUCAGAUAAAGCUGCCCAAGUACUCCUUGCCAAAGGACAUGCACAUCAUCAGCACAGACGAGAACCAAGUGUUCGCCGCGGUCCAGGAGUGGAACCAGAACGACACCUACAACCUCUACAUCUCGGACACCCGUGGGGUCUACUUCACCCUGGCCAUGGAGAACGUGCAGAGCAGCCGAGGGCAAAUGGGGAACAUCGUUAUCGAGCUGUAUGAGGUAGCAGGUCUCAAAGGGAUAUUCCUGGCCAACAAGAAGGUGGACGAGCAGGUGAAGACGUACAUCACUUACAACAAGGGCCGGGACUGGCGCUUGCUUCAAGCCCCAGAUGUGGACCUGAGAGGAAGCCCAACACACUGCCUGCUGCCCUUCUGCUCCUUACACCUGCACCUGCAGCUUUCUGAAAGCCCGUUUUCUUCUGGAAGGAUCUCCAGCAAGGAGUCAGCCCCGGGGCUCGUGGUGGCCACAGGCAACGUUGGUCCGGAGCUCUCCUACACGGAUUUUGGUGUGUUCAUCUCCUCCGAUGGCGGGAACACCUGGAGACAGAUCUUUGAUGAAGAGUACAAUGUCUGGUUCCUAGACUGGGGUGGCGCCCUCGUAGCCAUGAAGCAGAAGCCUCUGCCAGUACGGCAUCUGUGGGUGAGUUUUGACGAGGGCCGCUCCUGGGACAAGUAUGGCUUCACCCUGCUUCCUCUCUUCGUGGACGGUGCGCUGGUGGAGGCCGGAGUGGACACUCACAUCAUGACAGUUUUUGGCCACUUCAGCCUCCGCUCUGAAUGGCAGUUGGUAAAGGUGGACUACAGAUCUAUCUUUAGCCGGCGUUGCACCAAAGAGGACUACCAGACGUGGCACCUGCUCAAUCAGGGAGAACCUUGUGUUAUGGGAGAAAGGAAAAUAUUCAAGAAGCGCAAGCCAGGAUCUCAGUGUGCCCUAGGCCGGGACCAUUCCGGGUCUGUGGUCUCAGAACCCUGUGUCUGUGCCGACUGGGACUUCGAGUGUGACUAUGGCUACGAGAGACAUGGAGAGAGCCAGUGUGUCCCUGCCUUCUGGUACAACCCUGCUUCCCCCUCCAAGGACUGCAGUCUCGGGCAAAGCUACCUCAACAGCACAGGGUACCGGAGAAUCGUGUCCAACAACUGCACAGAUGGACUAAGAGACAAGUACUCUGCCAAGGCCCAGCUGUGUCCUGGAAAAGCCCCUCGGGGCCUCCACGUGGUGACAAACGAUGGCCGUCUGGUGGCAGAGCAGGGACACAAUGCAACCUUCAUCAUCCUUAUGGAGGAGGGUGAUCUUCAGAGGACCAAUAUCCAGCUUGACUUUGGGGAUGGGAUUGCUGUGUCCUAUGCUAACUUUAGCCCCAUUGAGGAUGGCAUCAAGCACGUGUAUAAGAGUGCAGGGAUCUUCCAGGUGACAGCCUACGCAGAGAACAACCUGGGCUCAGAUACCGCCGUCCUCUUCCUACAUGUGGUUUGUCCUGUGGAGCACGUUCAUCUCCGAGUUCCAUUUGUGGCUAUAAGAAAUAAAGAGGUCAACAUGAGCGCAGUCGUGUGGCCCAGUCAGCUGGGAACUCUUACCUAUUUCUGGUGGUUUGGCAACAGUACCAAGCCCCUCAUCACCCUGGACAGCAGCAUUUCCUUCACUUUCCUGGCAGAGGGAACCAGCUCCAUCACGGUCCAGGUGGCUGCUGGGAACGCCCUGAUCCAGGACACGAAAGACAUCGCCGUCCACGAGUACUUUCAGUCCCAGCUCUUGUCCUUCUCCCCCAACCUGGAUUACCACAACCCUGACAUUCCCGAGUGGCGGCAGGACAUCGGAAAUGUCAUCAGGAGAGCUCUGGUUAAAGUCACCAGCGUCCCAGAAGAUCAGAUCCUCGUCGCCGUCUUCCCCGGCCUCCCCACCUCCGCGGAGCUAUUCAUCCUUCCCCCCAAGAAUGUGACGGAGAGGAGGAAAGGCCACGAGGGGGAUCUGGAGCAGAUCGUGGAGACCUUGUUUAAUGCUCUGAACCAAAACUUGGUCCAGUUCGAGCUGAAGCCUGGGGUCCAGGUCAUCGUGUAUGUCACCCAGCUGACAUUAGCCCCGCUGGUGGACACGAGUGCUGGCCACAGCAGCUCAGCUGUGCUGAUGCUCCUGUCGGUGGUGUUUGUUGGCCUGGCUGUCUUUCUGAUCUACAAGUUUAAGAGGAAAAUUCCCUGGAUUAACAUCUAUGCCCAAGUUCAACACGACAAGGAGCAGGAGAUGAUCGGGUCUGUGAGCCAAAGUGAAAACGCUCCCAAGAUCACACUCAGUGACUUCACCGAGCCUGAAGAACUGAUGGACAAGGAGUUGGACCCCCGGGUCAUAGGAGGCAUUGCGACCAUUGCCAACAGUGAAAGCACAAAGGAGAUCCCCAACUGUACCAGUGUGUAA